AUGUCUAUUUGGGAUUCGUUCAGUGGCCGCAAGCAGUCCAAAGGCCCCGAUGUGCUAGACCCUUCAAACACUCCAGAUGCUACGUCUUUCCUUUCAGACGUCGCCAUCCCCGAUCCUACACAACUCCAUCCCCUGGCCGGCUUAAACCAGGAUACUCUCGACUACAUUACUCUGGAAGAUUCCGCUCUUGAUGAACUCCCUGGCUCGCGAUCUGUCCUGCCAUCUCGAGGAUGGUCGGAUGACCUGUGUUACGGAACCGGAACCACCUACCUUACUGCGCUUACUCUUGGAGGAGCGUGGGGACUUGCCGAAGGAAUGAACAAGACGCCUGCUGCAGCACCUCCGAAAAUUCGACUCAACGGUGUUCUGAACUCGAUCACGAGGAGAGGUCCAUUCCUUGGAAACUCCGCCGGUGUGGUUGCUAUGGUAUAUAACGGGUUUAACUCUUCGAUUGGCUAUGCACGUGGAAAGCACGAUUCUGCAAACAGCAUUGUAGCCGGAGCUCUCAGUGGAAUGCUCUUCAAAAGCACCCGAGGACUUAAACCGAUGAUGAUUUCCGGUGGCAUUGUGGCCUCCAUUGCCGGUGGUUGGGCCGUUGUGAGGAAGACCUUCCUGUAA